GUGUUUUUCUAUACGUGACAAACCCGCAGUGAAAACAGGACGAGUUUUCCCCUUCUUCUCACUUGAAACGUCAGCAACCUUGAAAUACUUUGGAAUCAGUGUGUUCAAUGCCAACAAAGUGCAUCAUUCGGCGGGACCAUGUGGAGUCAUCUCACAAUCUACUUGAGAAUAUGGGAGGCCUUUUCCCUCGUGAAUGCUUGGAAGAAAACGUCGAGAUAACGUUUCCUAAAUCUGCUCUGCAAUCAAACGGCUCCAAUCAGAAAAUCGCAGUUUAUACAAUCAUGAGGCACAUUGACGCUUUGUUUGAGAACGAGACCCAUCCUGAAUCCUGGGUCCCGGAGAAAGUUGAUGCUUUCCGGCACAACGUUUAUCGCUUAAAAGAAGAUAACAAAUGUAUUUUGGGGGAAACGCACGGACCCGUGGACGAUUUUCCUGCAAUAGACGAUGCCCUGAGAAACUAUUUCGAAGAAUUGGCCACUCUUCUUAGAAACAAGGAUUACAGUUUCUGCGCAUGGGAGGUGGUCCGAAAGGAGCUCCUGAGUGUUCUUAAAGACAUCCUCCAGAUUAACUCAUCCGAAUAGUCAUUUUCCUGGUCAAAUAUGCAUUUAUUUAUUUAUGUAAUUAUUUGUGUAUUUAAUUAU